AGCACUUGGUGGGCUUUGAAAAGAGCAUUUUCAAGUUACAGCCGGUCAGAGCAAGCUGUGUGCAAAAGGGGGUGUGUGGGUGACUGCAAAGCCUUUUCUAUCCGUCCUUUGAUUAGUGCAGCUAAUCUCCUGUGGGAGUGAAGAUACAAGGUGCUAGUGACCACCAUGGUACCCAAGAGCAGGUUAGGGAAGCGCUCUCCUCUGGGAGCUCUGGUGGAUGUGGGAACAAAUGGAGAGGGUGAUGGAGGUCCUGUGGUCUAUGGGAUUGGGACGGGAACCCACGGCCUUCAAAGGGUUAAACUGUAUCCAGGACAGAGGGUGUUUGUGCAUUGUGGUGGACAAGAGUGUGGAGGCAUUGUCGAGCAGCACAACCAUGUGGACAACGAGGUGUCUAUCUUCAUACCGCAGCUCAAUCAUCACGUCCACCGUAAACUGGAGGACGUGUGGAUGACCUCCACGGCCAGACCCCCUCACUCAGUCUCCUCCUCCAUUGAUGUGCCAAAGAGGAGUCCGGUAGCGGUGGACAUGGAUGAAAUCAUGGCAGCUAUGGUCCUCACCAGCCUUUCCUGCAGCCCAAUGAUCCAAAGCCCGAUUCAGGGUGAAUCAGGACCAGCCUCCAGUGGGACUGACUGUGGUAGCAGUGAAGUGUCUGAUGGAGGUUACUGGAGCUGUGACCAUGGUAACAACAGCCCAGCCCCCUCUCCCCCUAUUGAAGAGUCGGAUAGGGCCCAGGUUCCUCCUGUUGAUGAGGGACUGGAGAUGGAGAUGGAGAUGGAGAAUGUUCUGUUUGAUGAACCAGCGCCGAGGAAACGCAAGAACUCUGUGAAGGUGGCGUACAGAUGCCUGUGGCCAAAGUGUGGCAAAAUACUGACCUCCAUCGUUGGCAUUAAACGCCACGUUCGAACGCUUCAUCUGGGAAAACAAAAUGGCGAACAGGAGCGCUCACAAAGGGAAGAAGACUUCUACUACACUGAGAUCUAUCAGGACGUGGAGCAAACAGCACUUCCAGCUGCCUGUGGUGCACCGCGCUCCCUUUGCGGCUCCCCUUCCAGCCCCACCCAGCUGAGAUCCUCCCCUCCCACACCAGACACACUCCAGCCCAGCCCGCUCAGCCGGUCUGCCCCCGGCAGCGUGUGGCUGGUCCACUCCGAGCACUCGUACCAGGCUUCCCCACCAGUCCAGUUAACACAGUGCAAACCUGUGCCCGUGCCCGCCUCCUCGCGCUGGACCCCUCCCCUCACUGCCCACCAGAGCAAACAGGGAACACCGUUCCGCCGUCGCUCCGUCAGUGUAGGAGAGCAGUGGCUCCAGAACCAGAGCGCCCCCUCCAGGCCUCACCCUGCCAGCGUCUCACCGCCCAGAAACCACUGCAUCACACGGAGGAUUCGCGGGGAGGCGAAGAAGUGUCGGAAGGUUUACGGCAUCGAGCACCGGGACCAGUGGUGCACGGCCUGCCGCUGGAAAAAAGCCUGCCAGAGGUUUCUGGACUGAAGGUCUUUCCUCCCACACAGACUGCUGUGAUUUAAAAGCUGGAACUUUUUGCUGGAGGCCAACCAGACAAGCACCUUUUUUAUUUUUGUACUUUUUUUAAUGAUCUGUAAGGUGCUCUGCGUGUUGAGAAAUCUCAUCGGUGCUGGCAGAGUGGAAGAUCGGACUGAUUCUGCCCCCCUCACACCCGCUCACGCCUCCCUUGGUCUUCCAGGGUCAUUCAUCAUUAUGAAGUAUGACCUUUGUUUUCAGCCUGUGCUGAUUUUCAGUAAACAAUAGGCAUAUUUUUUGUACAGUCUCUGAUUAAGCUCCUGCCGUUUACCAUGCGCAGAGGAGAGGUGGGUGAGCGUCAUUCCAGGAGACUUGAGUUCGUUGCUCUGAGAUUAAGGGAGAGAGAGAGAGAGAGACAGAGAGCUUUAUGGAAAAUUUACUUUUCAGGGGAGAAAGAAAAAGAAAAAAAAACGGCAGCUUAACGUUUUUGCGUAAAUGCUUUAAAAGCGUACAGUCCUUUAUGUUUAUGUAUGCCAUGUAUACAGGCAAACACGCUGUUCUGUAGAUGAUUCUGAGCGAUGAAAUAUGUUUAAAAAGAGCAAAAAUGUUUUUUUGGGGGUUUUUUUGUGUUACAAUGUUCAAAACUACAAUAUUAAAAAAAUAAAGCUUCUACAUUGGGGUUAUUUGAGUGAUGCCAUAGAGCUGUAGUUCUCAUGGUGUGGUCCUGGAGAUUCACAACCCUGUUCAUUUAUUCAUUUAUUAGUUUAUUCAUUUACUCUUCUUUUAUUAUGUACAAAAAUGUAAAAAAAAUACAAAAAAAGGAAUAAUCACUGCCCACAUAUUGUACUUUAAUGCAAUUAUUUACAUUGGCACAAAUGAUAAGCAAUGCUAUUCCACUAUAUUACGGAGGUACUAAAAUUGUGGAUGACUACAGUAAAUGAGAGAUUUAGCGUUGGUGUAAAUGGCUGUAAAUGGUGUAAAAAGCCCCUUAAUUUCUACAUGACGUCUUUUCUUUAUCGUUCCAAAUGGAAUUUGUCUAUUGACUAUAAUAUUGACUAUAAUACCUUUACAAUUUCUAAUAGUAAUGCUACAUUUUGUCUGCAUUCAUUUUUUCAUUGAUGUGGAACUAGCACCUUUCUGGUCUGGAAACCUAAUUUUGAACUGGUUUGUUGCGUUUCCACUAACAAAAGUAGGUUCCAGAACCAGGAACGUUUAUGCGCAGUGGGAACAGAAGAAUACUAGGUUCUUUUGGUGGAAAAGCGCUAAUAGUGUCCACAAAUACUAACUAAAUGAAUGCAGAGUACAGAACAGAAAGCUCUGGGUGUGUCCCAAUUCCAUACUAUUUACUAAUACUAUCUAGUAUUAGUGAUUAUGACAUUUGCAGUAAAGAUAAAAGUGAAAAAGACUCAAAUGAUAGACUCUAUUAUCCCACAUUAGAACUGCAACUAGUGAUUAUUUUGGUAGUCGACUAACCUAAUCAUAAUAUUUUUCAUUGGUUUAUUAGUCAAUUAGUCGAUGAUUAUUUCUGCCCACACUCUAAAUCACUUUAAAAUGAAGGAAUCUGAAGCUGAACUUAGGAUUUGAAUGCCUUUUAAAUCUUAAGAAGAUGUUUAGAUGUGGACAGUACUGAUAUUUUAGAGAGUAAAUAGGGAAACUUUGUUAAUUAUAAUAUAGACUAAUCUUUGCAGCCCUAUACAACAAUGUAGUAGGAAUGCUUAGGGAAGGAGAUACUAUUUAGAUCUGGAUUAAUAUUAGAAAAACAUUAUUAAAAACAAUGAUGAUUGUUUGAAUAGCAUGGGUUUAUAACGUCCUGUUAGUACAAAAUGGGGUAGUUUAUUAAUAUUUUACUGUACUAAUCUGCUGAACCUGCACUAUAUAGCUUAUUUGAUUUAUUUUUUAUUUUAGUUCAAAUUUUUCCCAUUUUUUCCCAAGAAAGCGCACAGAUGCCUUCUGCUGAUCCACAUCACCCUUUAGAGUGAUGAGGGGAAAGAGCGCCAUCUACUGUACCCAGAGAGCAAGAGAGCAAGGCCAAUUGUGCUCUCUCUGAGCUCUGGCAGCUGAUGGCAAGCUGCAUGACUGGGAUUUGAAACAGCGAUCUCCCAAUCAUAUAUAGUGUAUACAUAGUUAAUAUUGUAUAAAUAGCUUUUGUCUAAUUAUAGUAUUAGUGUAUAGAAUUCAAUUGGGACACAGCCCGAGUUUUCCCAGUCCCCAACACCUACUAAUCCCACCAAUCAGCUCAUUAACAUCACAUUAUUGAGUUAACAUGAGUGUGUUAAAGCAGGAAAAGCACUAAAAUGUGCAGAGCAGUGGCUCUCCAGGACCAGGCUUGAGAAACAGUGCCAUUGAGGACCCAUUUUCGUACCUUUUUGUAAAAAGAUAUUUUUUUAUGGAGCCAAAAAUAUUUGUUUGCUCCAAAAAAAUAUGGCAUCACUCAGAAAAUUCUUGGUAGCUGCUUUAUUAUGCUGAGAGUUCAUGACUGCAUACAGUACGCAUCACAUCUCGUGUCUUAUUUUUGUGGUCAAAUUUUGUUGGUAAAAUCAAGGUUUCCAGCAAUCUAGAUCAAAGGAACAGAAACAUGCAACAGAUUCAUUUUUUAAAGACAGGUUUAUAAAAAUGUGACCAAUCCUUGUGUUUUUAAACUUUAAACCUGCCUGACAACCCAAUAAUCAAAGAAUCCCAGAUUUCUGUGCAUACUGGAGAGUAAAUCAUGUAUUAUAGUCAUGUUUUUAUUGUAUGCUUAAGCUUCUUAUUGGAUCGAACGCUUCGUUUUCCUUCACUCCUUUAUAAUCUUGACGCUACACCACUUUUCUUAUGUAAAGCUCUGCAGCCUUAAACAGACCUUCGCUAGUAUAGGUGUGUAUGUAUCUAUCCUAGUAGCUCCUCAUAGGAUCACUUUGUUACAAUUUUUAUUAAUUUCAUUUCUUGUUAAUAUUCUAAUAGCAAAAAUGCAUAUUAAGAGAAUCUCAGAGCCUCUUAACAUGUUGGGUCCAAGUAUUUGAUAAUGGUCUAUCUUUGUAAGCUUCUCCAGCUCUUCCUCCUCCUCCUCUUCUUAAUCAUCAUUAUCAUUAUCAUCAUGUGUUUGUAAUGUGUUGCUUUGUUUCUAGUAAAAGCCAUUAAAAGCAGCAGCAUCAGCAUCAAGGGGGGGGGGGUUGUAGGGGGGCGUAUAGGCUUGUACAGUCAGUAUAAUUCCCGAAGUGCUGCGGUGGGUCAGCCCCGAAGCUCAGCCGUUACGGAACUCACUGUGUACGAUACCAAUGAUCUGUUAAACGAUGGGAGAUCUGAGGACGUUCAGCGAUGAACGGAACACAUUGUGGAUUAAAGAGUUAAAGAGUGGUGAAGGAUAUCAAUAAGAGGCGAUACAGAUAAAGAAGAAGAGUUUGCCUGUACAAUAUUUUCAGUUGCAUGGAAUUACUCUGGAAUUUCUUUUCAUUAAACCUGUUUUGAAUAUUCAUAUUUGAAAUAUGAAUGUCAUUUUGAUGUUUUAAUACACUUUCUAUGUAAAUCAAAA